UAUUAUUAAUAUGGAGUCUACAGCGCAGGAACAAGACUUCGACGAGACUUACCAAAGACCAGAGAUCACACUUGUCUUGGGUACGGAAUUGCUCUCAAAAUUAUGCAUUUCAGAAUAUAUUACCAAAAUCUUGACAAGUUUCCGAAGAUGCUUGCAGGGGCCAUACUCGUCCCACAGCCGGAGGUCUGCAGUUUUGGCUUCUGUUGGCAGCACCAGGCCUGAUUGUUAAUCUGUGUAUAGAAAAGUUCGACAAACUCAGCAUCAAAAGGAGAAGGAGAUUUGAUGACUGUGAAUUUGGUGAUAUCGAAGGCCACAAACCAAAACGAGUUUACAGAGCCAGUAGCGACAGAAGCAUGGAUGAUGACAGGCCGCCUGAAGAUUUAAACCACAACUUCCGCAGGCGUUUAGAUGCUGCAAGAAUUGUGAACUUAGACAAAGUGAGAGAGCGUAUGCAAAAUUUAAAGAUUUCAAGAAAGACAGCUGCUAACUUAGAAGACUGAGAUAUGAAUAGUGAUCAAGAGCUGAGCGAGAGAGAAAGAUAUAAGAAAAAGCUCAAAGAGAAAUAUGAAAAACAAUUCAGUGAGUAUAAAAUUCAGUUGAAACCGUAUAAUAGCUCGUACGAACAUACUCAGUGAGAUGGAUACAUUCAGAAAUAGCAAAUUAUACAAAGAAAUAUCUCAAAAAUAUAUUAUUUCAUUACUUGUAAAAUUUACUUAGGCCUUGCUCUGAGGCUGGCCUGUCGGCU